AUGACGUCACAUCCGCCUCAGCCCUCCUCUCGCAGCCAAUCGGAGCGCGGCUACGGCGCGCGGGCCAAGGGCCGGGGUCAAGGGUCAGAGCUCAGCCAAGAUGGCGGCGGCGGCGCCGGGGCGGCGGCGGCCGGUGCUGCUGCUGCUGCUCGGAGCCGUUUAUCUCGGGCUCAGCGCGGCCGUGGAUCGGAGCAACUUCAAAACGUGCGAGCAAAGCAGUUUCUGCAGGCGGCAGCGCAGUUUCCAACCCGGCCGCUCUCCGUACCGAGCGCUGUUGGAUUCGUUGCAGCUCAGCCCCGAAUCCGUCACGGUGCAGGUGGUCAAUGAGGCCACCAAGGUCCCGUUGCAGUUGGAGCUGCAGGCUCUGCACUCCAACAUCACCCGCCUGCGGCUCCGGGAGCUGCGCCCGCUGCGCCCGCGCUACGAGGUGCCCGACGUGCUGGUGGGAGACCUCCCCCAUCCCGAGCCGCUGUCGGUGUCAGGCCGUGACGAGGGCAGCGUGGAGCUGUCGUGGGGGGGUCCGGGGUGCUAAAUUUGAGGGUCCCAUAAAUGAAAUCCCCCUGAUAGUCAACCUCCCCCCCUAAAUAUAUCCCCCCCCUCCCCAAAACGUUUCCUAAGGCGGUUUUUAGGUAGCUUGGGGCCCCUACAUGCCACCCCCCCACCCCCCAAAUGUGUUCCUAA